AUGGCCGAUCUAACAGAGAAACCAGACGCAGAUGCGUCGAUCUACCUCCACGCUGAACUCCUCCCCAACAUCCGCCACAUCACACUCUACAUUUCUCUCCCCUCCCAUCUUAACACAAAUAACACCAGUCCCACAAUAACUCUCUCAGAAUCCCGCCAGGCAGUCACAGUCUCGCUACCAGGGCCCUUCAGCCACGUAUCAGAUACCAUCAAGCUCCCCGCGCGCGUGAACGAAGCCUCACGACACACCCUCAACACCAGCAGACAGGCCCCCACGCAACCAGCCAACGACUCCCACAGCGCACGCCAGGAAUACUCAUUCCGGAUGCGGAUAGACAGCGAAGAUGAUGCGCUGCCGCGCACAGAAGCCGUUGAUGAUUUCGUCCCCUGGACGGCGGCGGAUAUGGGCCCGUCGAGUAAGCUGCGCUGUCGGCGGUGUGCGGGCCUCAUUCUGGAUGCGCCUGGGCUGGAUAGUGCAGAUUCACAAAUGAGUGAUGCGUCGGACGGCUGGGUUUGGAAAGAUCUGCCGAGCGGGAACUGGGCUGAGAUGAUGGAUUUCUGGCACUGCCAUAAACCGGAUCCCGAGGACCAUGGGCAUGGGGAUGGGGAAGAUGGUAACGCGCAGACGAAGGGCUAUGGGGCGGCGAAUCAGGUUGUUGCGCGGCGUGGGACUGUGCUUGUGGAUGUGGUGAGUUUUUUGGUCGCGGAGGAGGAUUGUAGAGGGGUGAAGAAGGUACAAACACUCGCAUCAGGCGAAACACCCAAAGACUCCUCGUCCUUAGCCUGCGACACCUGCGACUCCCUCCUCGGCACAGAAGACCCCGUAGCCCAGGGCUGGCGUCUCUUCAAAACAAGCCUAUCCGCAACCAUCGCCAACCCAUCAACACCACAACCAACAUGGCACUCCCCGCCCACAGAAUCCAUCAUCGCCGCUCAACUCCUCGAACUCAUCGAGCGUGAAAGCACCCGCCGCUUCGUCAUCCAUUCCGGCCAUUCCUCAGGCCUCCUGCUCUGGGCCUUCAACCCGGACUUCCGCUACUCGAACUCCAGCGCCGAGCACAGCGUCACCGCACAGAGGGCAGUGAAGAUCUUUUUCCAGGAGAUCGCGGAUGUGGAUUCGUUCCUGGAUCCUGGGCGUGGGCGGCCGGCGUUGCUGUCGGUUGAGGAGGUGAGGGUUCCCGUGGAUGUGAUGCGGGAGCUGAGGGGUGUGUUGGAGGAGAGGAAUGCGAUGUUGCCGGGCUCUGCGAGGGAGUUUCGGGAGUGGAGGGUUGGGAUGCUGCAUCGGGUUGAGAAGGGGGAGUAA